AUGACUGGCAGAUUUCAUCAUCCUUACACUCCAUAUGAUAUUCAAGAACAAUUAAUGGAAUCAUUAUACGAUGAUACUUUAAAUACUAAUAAAAAAAUCGCUUUAGUCGAAUCACCAACAGGUACAGGGAAGACUCUUUCUUUGAUUUGUGCUAUAGUGACAUGGCUAAGAGAUAAUAAAUCUAAAUUAAUUAAGGAUGAACAACAAUUAAAUAGUAGUAAUAGUACCAACACGGCUAGUAGUAGUAGUAGUAGUAGUGAUGAUGAUGAUGAUGAAUCAGAGCCUGAACCUGAAUGGGUAGUCGAAGCAUUUAAUGAUUCGCGUGCACGUGAUACGGUGGCGGCAGUGAAAGAUUUUGAAAAUUAUUUGGAUUCUUUACCAAAACCAAUGGUCACAAUGCAAACAUUGACGGCGCGCGGCCCAAAGAGGAAAAUUGCCGCAACGAAGUCAAAUGGAACAAAUGAUAACGAGAUUAAUGAUAACGAUUUUUUACCAGAAGAACAAGAACAACAGAUGAAUGAAACAAAGACACAAUCAUUGAAUCAAGAAGUUAAACAAUUAUUACACAAAUUAGAACAACAAUCACAAUCGCAAUCUGAUCAAAAUAAUGAAUUUGAUAAAUAUCAUACGAUUGGAGGAACUUCAAUAGCAAACCCAAUUAAAAUAUAUUUUGCAUCAAGGACUCAUUCACAAUUAUCACAAUUUGCUCAUCAAUUGCAAUUGCCUCAAUUUCCAUCUUCAUUUGAAAAAGAUAAUAUUCCUUUGGAAAGAAUUAAAUUUUUACCAUUGGGUUCCAAAAAACAAUUAUGUAUUGAACCAUCUGUAAAACGGUGGAAGACAGCAGAAGCAAUUAAUGACGCUUGCUAUGAUUUACGUCAUUCGAAACAAGGUUGUCCCUUUUAUUCAAAUACUCCACAAUGGCAUACUUCAAGGGAUACAAUUACUUUUAGAGAUAAUUUAUACAAAGAAAUUCAUGACAUCGAAGAUUUAGUCCCUUUAGGUGAAUCCCUAAAAGUUUGCCCUUAUUAUGCCUCUAGAGAUUCGAUUCCAGGUGCAGAAAUCGUCUCUUUACCUUAUCAAUAUUUAUUAUCUAAUGACGCUAGAGAGUCUUUAGGCAUUGAUCUCGAUAAUUCCAUUGUUAUUGUCGAUGAAGCACAUAAUUUAAUUGAUACUAUUAAUAAUAUUUAUAGUGCUUCAAUGACUUACGACAAUUUAUCAACAGUCUUGAAAGGUUUAAACAAUUAUUUGGUUAAAUUUGAAAAAAAAUUAGGUCCACGUAAUAGAGUUAAUUUAUUAAAAUUAUUAAAACUAUUAGAGACAAUAAAAUUAUUUGUUGAUUCAAAUUUUAAAAAACCAGGUCAAAGAUUUCAAAGUUAUGACAUUUUAAAUGAUUCUAAUUCAGAUUUAUUUAAUAUCCAUAAAUUGAUUGAUUAUGUGAAUAAAUCCAAAAUAGCUUAUAAGAUUGAUACUUAUAUGGCCAAAACAAUUGAUAAAAUUCAACAGAAGAAUAAUUCUACUUCUACUUCUUCUUCUUCUUCUAUAUCAAGACAACCAGCUUUAUUUAAAAUAAUGAAAUUCUUAACAACUUUAACAAAUCCAAGUAAAGAAGGUCAAUUUUUUUUCGAAAAGGAUAAAGAAAUUAAAUAUAUGUUAUUGGAACCAAGUAAAAUGUUAGAACCUAUUAUUAACAAAUCUAGAUGUUUGAUUUUAGCAGGUGGGACAAUGGAACCCCUAGCAGAUUUUUAUAAUGAAUUGUUUCCUCAAAUCGAUCCAAAGGAUAUCUUAACCUUUUCAUGUAAUCAUGUUAUUCCUGAUAAAAAUUUACAAACAUUUAUUAUAGAUGAUCCAAUUUUUGAAUUCACAUUUGCCAAAAGAAAUUCAACAUCCUUAAUCAACAAUGAUUUAUUCUAUUUCUAUAAUAAUUUAUCUUAUACUGUUCCAGUCACAGGUGGUAUUGUUGGGUUUUUCCCAAGUUAUCAGUAUUUACAAUUUGUUGUAGAUAGUUGGUCAAAAUCUGGAAAAUUGAAAACUUUAACACAGCACAGAAAAUUAUUCUAUGAAAAGAAAGAUGGUGAAGAUAUCUUAAGUGAUUAUAUCAAUACCAUCUCUAAAGGUGAAGGUGCAAUUCUUUUUGCUAUUGUUGGUGGACGAUUAUCAGAGGGGAUUAAUUUCCAAGAUAAUUUAUGUAGGGCUGUCGUGAUGACAGGUUUACCUUUCCCCAAUGUAUUUAGUGGUGAAUUACAAAUAAAGAAAGAUCAUUUAGAAGAUAAAAUAAAAAGAAAUGGGGGGUCACAAAAGGAUGCACAGGAUGCAACACGUGAGUUCUACGAAACGAUUUGUAUGAAAGCUGUUAAUCAAAGUGUCGGUAGAGCAAUAAGACAUGCAAAUGAUUAUGCAGCAAUAUAUUUAUUGGAUAAAAGGUACGCUACUGAAAAUAUUAAACAAAAAUUAUCUCUUUGGGUUCGAAAAAGAAUUCAACAGGAACAUUCUGUCUCAACGGUACUGAAGAAGACAUCGUCAUUUUUUCAGGCUAUGAGCCAAUAA